CUCCCCACUCCCCCUUGCGCUAUAUUCCCACCGUCACGUAACACGGCGCUUAACUCGCGAAAUGGCGAAGCCGAAUUUCGACUUGUUUUUCAAGUUUCUCCUCAUAGGCGAUAGCGGAGUUGGGAAGACGUGCAUAAUAUUUCGAUUCGCCGAGAACACGUUCAAUCCGACGUUUAUUUCGACGAUUGGAAUCGAUUUCAAGAUCAGAACUCUGGAACUCGGGGGAAAGAAAGUCAAGUUACAAAUUUGGGAUACUGCAGGACAAGAGAGAUUCCAUACCAUCACAACAGCUUACUACCGUGGGGCACUGGGAAUCAUGAUGGUGUAUGACGUCACCAACGAAAAGUCCUUCCACAACAUCUCGAAGUGGAUGAGAAAAAUCGAGGAGCACGCGAAUGAAGACGUGGAGAAAAUUCUUGUUGCAAACAAAUGCGAUCUUGAAGAGAAAAGAAAAGUUACGAGAGAAAGGGGAGAGAUGCUCGCCCAGAAUCAUUGCAUCCGUUAUGUGGAGACCAGCGCACUUUCAAGCUCAAACAUUGAUCACGCGUUUACUCUUUUAACGCAAGACAUUCUGAACAAAGUAUGUCCGCCGGUGCAAGAGGAAAAUAUGAAAAACGGCAAAGGCAAAAAGAAGAGAGUGAAUUUGAAGGGAUCAAAUCCGCCGCAUAAGUCGUGCUGCAGUCGGUAAAAUGCUCUAUGAAUCAGAAUGUAGUUUAAAAAUUGGAACUGUAAAUAGCCACUUAUCAAGAGCUAAUGAAUACAACAAAACAGUUGAGGAUCAACCAGUAAAGACAUUAGACCAGGUUCCGUUGGCAUAUAACCUGCGAUCAGGAGUUCUUUUUUGGGGGGCGUUCGCCGAAAAACGAACGUCAGAUCGCAGGUUUAGUCGGCAUACUGCUUAACGAAACUCUAUUAUAGACUUGUCCGUCGUUUUAGGCAAGAGAAGCUUGAUUUAUCGUAUGGUACCGUGUUAUAACAAACUCACGUCCAAAGACGGUGGAUGUCAAUAAACAAAAGGGGACUAGUCCACAGUUUCCUCAGCCCUGCUACCUUGAAAUGCAUAGUCACGAAUGCUUAAUCCUUUUUUGUAAUAUCUUUAUGUUGACUAAACGUCAUAUACAUCUACCACGAAUAUCGAAAAUUUAAGUAGCGUUCAUAUUCUUUAUUUCCGGGUUGCGUAGUGAAAAUAUUUUAUACAGCGGUAAAUAAGUGCUGGGAUGAUAAAUUUUGUUGUGUUUAUAUUGAUACAUCUGUAGCAAUCGACUAGGAAAGACUUGCUGAGAUCGGGAAAAUCACGUGAAAGCACGUAACAAAUAUCAAAGUGCUCUUUGAACGUUGUCACGCCUUGCACAUUGCAUGACACUUACGUGAAGAGUAUUUUGUAAAAAAGUAUAUAAAAAAACGCUGUUUAGUUUAGUAUAAGCGACGUAAGCUACCGUUACCAUAAGGUGGAAAUGUUCGAAUGUUAGCUUAUAAUUAGCACUUGCAAUAGGGAUGGAAUACACCUAAAACUUAUGUGCUUGUGUCAAAAUUUAAUGGCAUAACCCUCGCAUUCCAGAUGAAAAAUUUUAAAUAAAUUAUCUUUAACAUGUA